AUUCAAUUUAUUGUAAUUUUUUUUUUAGAAACACAAAAUUAGAAAAGAGAAUAUAAACAUGAUUGCAGACAUAGCCAUUUUAUCCACACUCCACACCAGUAGGUGGCGGUAAUGCACACUUUCUGUUAUUUCCAACCGCCAUAAAACUCCAUCAAGAAGAAGAAGAAGAAGAAGAAGAAGAAGAAGAAAAAAAAAAGAAAAGAAAGCUAAGAAACAUGGCCGCACAAAGCAGCGUUGAAGACUACCCGCAUGAAAUAGACGAGCAGCUGACCGCCUUCGACUCCUCUGUGAACUCAGUGAAAACCAUGCUGGAGAAGCUGAUGUCCAUGUCCAGGAACGACCUGCUGCAGAAGCUGGAUCCUUUGGAACAAGCCAAGUUGGAUCUGAUGUCUGUCUACACUCUCAAUUCAUUAUUCUGGAUGUACUUGAUGACACAAGGAAUAAACCCAAGAGAACAUGGAAUCAAACAGGAACUGGUGCGAAUAAGGACAUACAUGAACAGAGUCAAAGAGAUCACCGACAAGAAGAAAGCUGCACGUCUAGAUAAAGGAGCUGCUUCACGUUUUCUCAGAAAUGCUCUUUAUGAUCCAGCGAACAAAGAAUCUGGAAAAACAGCUUCCAAGAAAUCAGCAGAAAAGAGCUCUGAUGUGCCACGGUCAAAGCGGCCAAAGCAGAGCUGAACUGGAGGAACAUGUGCUCCGUCUGUCCUCAGUACUUGUGUGGAGGUGACAAACUCUCAAGUAAACUUUUUUGAGCUUUACGUUUUUGUUUUUUUUUCCAUCGAGUUUUGCAGUUGACUUAACUGAAUUCAUUGGGAUUGUAACUUGUUGUCCAGUUCUUGGUUGCAGAUGUCCAGCAGCAGACUUCACAUGCUCACUGGAACUUUUAGGGGGGAAAAGAUGCAUCAUUACAGACAGCAACAUGUAAUUUUUAAAUUUUAGAUACAAAUGGUAAAAAGACACAAUUUACAUGGUAAAGUUAUUAUUAUUAUUUUUAUUAUAACAAUUUGUUUUCACUUG